GCAGCCUCGCAACCGAUCCCCCAUUCCCAGCCACCACACAAUCGGACACGCACCCCAGACACCAACCCACAUUCCCCUGCAGCCUUCCCGUCUACUAGCUCCGAUCCGCCGCAUGGGGAACUUCGCGUCGUGCACUCUGGCCAGGAUCCCCGGCGCGGCGAAGGGCGCCAGGGUCGUGCUCCCGGACGGCGGGGUGCGGCUCGUCAGGCCGCCGGCGACGGCCGCGGAGCUGAUGCUCGAGGCGCCCGGACACUUCCUGGCCGACGCCCGCGCGCUGCAAGCGGGGCGACGGAUCGCGGCGCUCGCGGCGGACGAGGACCUCGAGCUCGGCGCCGUCUACGCCGCGUUCCCCAUGAAGCGCCUCGGCUCGCAGGCCGUGCCCGCCGACGUGGCCCGCCUCGCGGCCGUCUUCGCCAGGGAGGCCGCGCGGAGGCCCGCGGCUUCGGCCAAGGUGUCGGCCAUCGUCAUCGUGGCGCAGCCCGAGGCUGACGUGGCCCAGGCCACGGAGGCCGUCAGGGCGCCGCGGCUGGAUGAGAUGGCCGUGGAGGACGAGGCGGCCGCCGCGGAGAUCGGGGAGCUCAAGCAGCGGAUCAGCGGCGGGCGCCUGUCCAGGCGGCGGCCCACGUUGGAGACCAUACACGAGGAGAGCUACGCGGCGGCGGUGGCAACAUGCUGAUGCUGCGAGUCGAUUAAUUAGCCACGGCCGGAGAAACAAAGGGAGAGAUGGCAAAGGCCUUCUCUCCGCCUCAUUUUUUCAUUCUUUUUUCUUGACCUUGUAUAAAAAAAUAUCGGUGCCUCUUUUUUCAUGUAUUUUUGAGCGAUCAAAGGGCAAUUAAUGGAACAAGAACAAAAUGGUGGACGAGUGAUUAACGAAUCAACAAGAUCCAACAAUUUUCACAA